GAAAAGUCUUAGCGUCAGUGGUUUAGCCUUUACAUUAGGAAGGAAUCAGCUUUACGUCAGUGGAGAUUCAAUCUUCACGUCAGUGGGGAUAAAGGCUUUACGUCAGUGGGGAUAAAGCCUUUACGUCAGUGGGGAUUCAACCUUUACGUCAGGGAGGAAUCAGCUUUUACGUUAGUGGAGAUUUAGCCUUCACGUCAGUGGGGAUAAAACGUUUACGUCAGUGAGGAUUCAGAUUUUACGUCAGCCAAAAUUAAGCCUUUGCGUCAUUGGAGAGUCAGCCUUUACGUCAGUGAGGAAUCAGCUUUUACAUCAGUUGAGAUUCAACCUUCACAUCAGCGAAAUUCAGCCUUUUCGUCAUUGGAAAUUCAGCCUUUACACCAGCCAGAAUUCCGCCUUUCCGUCAUCCAGGAGUCAGCCUCUAAAGCAACCAGGAUCAGACAUUACCAUUAAUUCAUUAUUACACCCAAUUUUUUUCUACGACAAACAUGUCCGUGGUUCGUAUAAUUCCAUAUACGCCAUGAAAUGGUACGCUCAACUAUUACACGAAAAAUUUACUACCAGAAUCGACUUGUAGGCCUACGUCGCAUUAUUGCUUUUCGAAACACACCCCUAGUUGUAUUAAGCGGGUGCCUCCAAAAAUUCUUUGUACUAACUAACAGACAAAAUGCUGAAGACGGACCUGUCCAUUGACUGCUUGGACGCGUUGAGUCCCGACAUAUUGUUCUCCCCUACAGACAUGUCGGUAAUACCACAAGGACUGUGGGAUACCUAUCUGAACCCAGACACGAUUUGUCAAGUGAUGGAGGAUGACGGCGUGCUCUUGAGCUCUACGCGCCAUGACAACCUCUCGUCUAACGACGCCUCCAGUGGGGAAGAAUACAGCACGGACUCGUCGUGGAUAUCUCGUGAAGAUGACGCCAUUUUGGACCAGUAUACCCGGGCCUUUAGCAUCUUGGAUUCUCGGGGAGAGUUUUCCGCUAUGCUGUUUGAAGAAGAUUUCCCCGAGGUCCUCUUCCAAGACGUCACGGUGGACCCCCUGAGCCUGUCCGGGAUCGCCCCGGGGCCGGAUCUCUCCCUGCCCAGGACGACGUACAGGGACUACCCCGAGGACACCAUGCAACCCCUCGACUACUCCCUGGGAUCUAAGCUUCACGAUGACAUACCCGUACCUUCCUUAGACGACUUACCAGAGCUGAAGCCAUGUCCCUUGGCAGUUGCGGAAAAUGGUCUGCACUUGACAGAAAAUGAAUACAUACCGGAAAUGGAAAAUCAACCUCAGCAACAUAUGGUGGAAGCAAACGUCAAAACAACAACACAUAGGAAAACAAAGCGCAAGCUCAAGGAUAAAGGCGGAAACAAACGACAAAGGAAACGGGUUUUGGAGAAAGCAGAAGAAUCUCAGCUGGAAAAUAAAUCACGUGAAGAAAUUCCCGUAAAGGUGGAGAUCAAGCGAGAGCCCGAUGAGCAAUCAAACAGCGAGGAGGGCACACUUGUUAUUAACUCUGAAAUUUGUUAUAACAACAAUUCCAGGGAGAGGAGUUCAGCCGCCAGAGGAAAUAGGCGUCCAGGAAGGAGGCCGGGUCAACCUUCCAAAGUGUACCAUUUAUGGGAGUUCUUGCGUGAUUUGCUCCUAAGCGCGGAAUACUGCCCCACCCACGUGCACUGGAUUGACCAACGGAACGGCGUGUUUCGUAUCGCUAAGUCGGAGGAAGUGGCCCACCUCUGGGGGCAGAAAAAACGGACCAAGAGGAGUAUGACAUAUGAGAAAAUGAGUAGAGCUAUUAGAUUUUCCAGAGAAGCUGGCUAUUUUGGACCAUUACCGAAGAAUGGCGAUUACCCAAAGAAGCUCUGCUUUAAAUUCGGUCCCCGUGCCUACGAUUGGAUUAACCGACUGAAUAUGACCUCAGAGAGGGCGUCUUCCACGGAAUUUUUGAAAGAAAGUAUUCAUCCGCAGGAUACAAAUACCGAGGACGUGAAACAGACAAUGCAUUGGAAAAAACGAAAAGUCUUGUCGUGUUCUUAGAGAAAAUUGCCUUGUCACCUUAGUAUCAUGCAUUCCAUUUUGUUACGAUAGAAACCAUUCCAUUGCAGUUCAUGGUUUACACACGCACAGGAAAUUCCGGCGGUGCUAAUAAACUAGGAAAAUAUAUGCAACGACAGAAUCUGUGGGGACUUGCAUCAAGAACCCACAGGACAAAAACGAUCAACGAGAAUGUAAGACUUAAUCUAUGCAAUGGGUUAUAUGGGUGCCUUAGUACUGCAAGUCACAUUGAGUUGAAAUGUUUCAUUACUUAAAGACCUUUUGAAUAAUGUCACCAGAGAGUUUCAUCCCCAAUCUCGCGUCGGGGAGAAGUGCCCAUUGUAGGCCUGGAACCCUAUAGUAUGAAUGAAAGAUGUGUCACAUAUUUUCUACAUGUUCUGACCGUACAUUUUCAGACUUUCACACAGAAAAGUAAUCCAGAAAACCGACAACCACAUAGGGUUAAACUCAGGUUGAACAAAAUCGUUUAUUCCAUUUGGAUGACAUUUAGUGUGCCUUCAAACCUUGAAAAUGAAUUCAUUAUGACGAAAUAGCCAGAAUUGAGGUACUCCAAGGAGAGUUGUUCUGGGUAGGUGUCUACAUUCUUAGACUUUCACAAUGAAAAGGAGUCAUUUUAUCAAUCGGCGGCAGUGAAUCCCAGUAUAGUGUCAUUUACCUAACGCAGGUGUUGCAAUAAGAAUGUAUCUGUUCCUGGAAGACUUAGUUUUAACUCAAGAAUAUUGGGUAUGUUAUACCAUACCACAGAGAAUGGCUGGGAAUGAUGCAUUGGCUAUAUACUCUAGCAAAUGCUCAUGUGCACACAAUGAGUGGUAAUAAUUUGAAGAUGCUAAUUAGUUCUAAUUAGUACAAAUGCAAGAUAUUUUUGUUUAAAACAAAACUCAGGUUUCUGUUAAGCAAGGGCCAAAUCUAACUGUGUCCUUCGUUUAAUUGCCAGUUAGUUUCCAAACGUUUACUAUAUGCACAGAGAUAAAGCUGUAGAACGGUACAAUAGAGAUGGUCCCUUGUGGGUUCAUCUUACUCAGUUAGCUGUAUCCCAAGUAGUGGGUGAAAUGCAAAUAGCUUCUUGUAAAUGCAAGGAUCCUUCACAAUGUACAUAACACGCUUGCCUUACCAUGAGACCUUACCAUGCCUUACCAUUACCUUAAUGUUUCUGUUACUGUUUGUUAUUGCUCAGUCGUUGACACCAUCAGCUGUUGACACGCACGGCAUCCUCAGUCGUUGAUGGCACCAUUUGUCGUCGACAUAGGGUGGUUUGCGAUAAAAUAAAAACAGAACUAGCUAGUUUAACUUGUUGAUUAACUGCAAUCCUGGUAGCAAAUCCCAGUGAGAUGUCAUUUACCGGAUGUAGUUGUUCCAAUCUGUAAUCGAUGUCGACACCUUGACAUCCCUUGUCGUUGACACCCGAACAUCCCUUGUCGUUGACACCCUAUCAUCCUGAUAUCCCUUGCCGUUGACACUAUGACGUUCCUUGUCGUUGACAUCCUGACAUUCUGACACCCUAACACCCUUAAACACACUUAAAUGUGAGUGUCACAUGCAACAGCUGUAAGUGUUCUGCAAAGCACUUCGGGUAUAUGGUCACACUCCCAGCCUUUUAUGUGUUUAAGUGUGACACUUUAUUUUCAGAAUUGUUGUCACGUCUCACUACAUUCCAAAGCCUUACACUUUUUACUGGUAACACAACGAAAAACCAGUUAACGUCUUCUAACUGUUUGAGGAACAGAUUUCAGAAAUAACUAUGUUUGUGGGCACUUAGAUUGAAUGUUGCCGCGUUAAAGUCAUGGCUCUUGUCAACGUGAUAUUAAUUUCAAACAUCCUACGUGCUAAAAGUGUUAAAUAAAUUGAUGAAAUAUAUUUUGUUAUAAAUUACCAAAAAACAGUCGUACCUAAUGAGUGUUGGACAAAAAUAUAUAUUUUGAUCGGGAAAUAUUUUUACAAUUUUUCUCAGUUGCAGAUGGGAAAAUAUGUGGUGAAUUUUUUGUGUUAUGUCAUAGCCACAUUUUCCAUGGUUUUUUGUUUUGAGAAAACAAUAAAGGGAAGCAAAUCUUUUAACUUUAGGAACAGGUCUGCCCUCUACUAAUGUGAAUAAUAAUAUAAGCGAUUUCAGUAACGAAUAAAACUAAUCAUGAAUGAUUAUAUUUGAUGUUAUUGUUGAAGUAUGUAGAGGGCACCUCUGUUCCCAGCCAGAAGAUUACCUGCCCUUGAUAUAGAGCUGGAAGCCUCAUUAAUUAUAGCCUUCAUACAUUUUUGAAAGAUCUUUGUUGAGACCCGCAUUGGCUAAAUAUUACCUCUAGGAUGCUCUUUUUCUGAAGGGACCUAAAACAAGGAUACAUGCUGAUUGCUACUGAACCCAUCCCCGAAAAGUUUAAAAAUAUUAUACUUUUGUAAAAAUACAUUUUUGUACGCUUUGAAUAAAGAUUAUUGCUUGUUACGAGAAUUUA